UAUAGGUUUGGUCCAUUGCAGAGUUUCAACAGUUAAGAAGAUGUAUGAAAGAACAAUAGCAAAGUGCCUGGUACGAUUAUUACUCAUCUACCGGGGCGGGUGUUCUGCUUUUUAGUCCACUGAGCAGUCCUUGUGCAAGGGGCGCAUUUACACUUUUACAGCUUUUGAUAGAUUCCCGCUCGCUCACGACAAAGAAAAAUUCAGAGGCUGUAACCGGAAGUACAGUUUAGGAGGAAUAGUUAGCUGGCUGAUUAGUCAGACAGAAAUCUCACAUUCCUUUGAAAAUAUACAGGGAAAGGGUGAUGGCAACAUCCAUUUAGGGUACAGAUAGACCUGCCGUUGAAGAAUAAAUAGAAAGGGGCCGGUUGAGAACGAUAAACCGUGUCAUCGACGUAGAGAGGCGAGGAAGUAACGUUAGCCCUCUACAACCUCUGGCUAGCUACCAACUGUAGGGAGGCUGCUAGCCAGCAAAAAUAUAGACAGUAAAAAGACAACAUGGCUGACUCCAGCGGCAGUAAACCCUUCAUGGUGACUUCCUCCAUCAACCUCAAAGUCACCACCCCCUCCUUCUACAACCAGCCAAAGAAGUUUGCCUCGGUCAACCCGCCACGCCCCAAAAGCCAGUCCGACCCGUCGCCUUCCCCGGGCUCGACUCCUCCCGCAGGUCCCUCUCCUCCCCCCAGCCUGGUCUCAACACGUGGUGUCGGCACAGCUGUCAUUGGUCGAGUUGGAGUGAUGCCUCCACCCCCACCAUCGCUCUGCGAAGACUUCCCGCCCCCUCCUCCUCCGUUGGACGAUGAGCUGCCAGCCCCUCCCCCUAACUGUGCAACCACACCCCCAGCCUCCGAUGCCCCUCCCCCGCCUUCCCUCCCCCUCCCGCGGUGGAUGACCUGCCCCUCCCCCCGCCCCGCUUGAGGAGAAUGCCUGUCUCCCCGUUCCCCGUCUCCCCCUCCUCCACCACCCCUCCCCCUCUCCCAGUCUCUGGUCCCAGCAGUGUCCCAAGUGCUGGGGAGAACUUUCAGCGUCUGGCAAAGCAGACUAGUUUUGACAAACAGCUGGAUUCUCUGACUGACCUGCUGUCUGAGAUGGAGACCAGAGGACCCUUCAACCCCAAGUUGCCCAGUCAGUACUCAGCUCCUCCUCCUCCUGCCCCCAAGCCUGCAGGUCCUCCCCCCACUGCUCCCAAGCCCAACCUCUCCUUCCUCCCCCCUCCAGAGAUGGGAGACAAGCCCCCUCCCGCUCCCUGGGCCGAGGAGCUCAAACUCCGGACGACACACAGACAAGCCAAUAACCCUAUAUCCACCCCAGUUCCUGCUCCUGCCCCACAGCCAUUUGCUAAAGCCCCAGUCGUGGCUCCUAAAGCUUUUGGGGGCAUGAAAACGGGGACAUCCGUGCCUCCUGUGGGGCUGAAGAACCAGAACCACGCCCCGGCUCCAUUUGGUGUUGCUCCUAAACCUUCCCCUGUAGCCAGCUCCUUCCCUCCUCCUCCUGCCGCUCCUCCUGCCGCUCCUCCUGCCGCUCCUCCUGCCGCUCCUCCUGCCGCUCCUCCUGCCCCACCAGCCAACAAAGUGGCUCCCCCAGCCUUCAAUCACUCAAAGCCCUCUUCCAUUGACUCUCAGAUGACUGUGAGCCCGCCCCCUCCUGCUCCCGUGCCCCCUCCUCAGCCCAAAGUGAUGACAUCACCACCUUCUUUCAGCCAGCCAAUGAAAUCUCCCCCUUCAUCAAAGCCCUCGCCUCCUGGGCCUGUCUCUGUCCCAGGUGGAGGUGUUCCUCUCUCCAUGAGGGAGGUGGAGGAGCUGGAGAGAAUGACCAAUGCAUUCAUCAAAGACAUGGACACACACGCUCCCGUCAUCACCUCAGCACCUACAGAGGUAUGUGGUAAGUGUGGUGAGGCUCUGUCUCGUUCCCAGCCUGCAGUGAGGGCCAUGAACAAACUCUUCCACUCUGACUGUUUCUGCUGUAUGAGCUGCCAUCGCCCCCUGCAGGGCAUGCAGUUCUACGACAAGGACGGGACGCCACAGUGUGAUGACUGCUACACUAGUUCUCUGGCGGUGUGUUCUCGGUGUGGGGAGCGUAUUACAGACCGUGUGUUGAAGGCGGUGGGCCAGUGUUUCCAUGCCCAUUGUUUCCGCUGCUGCACCUGCGCCUGCAGCCUGGAGGGGGCGCCCUUCAUCACGGACGACAACAACAACCCAUACUGUGUCCCAGACUACCACAGGCGUUUCUCUCCCCUGUGUGUGAGCUGUAAUGAGCCCAUAGUUCCUGAUGCCGGCAGUCAAGAGACCGUCAGAGUCGUGGCCCUCGAGAAGAACUUCCACCUCAAGUGCUACCGCUGUGAGGAUUGUUCCCGCCCCCUCUCCAUAGAGGCGGACGCAGAUGGCUGCUACCCAUUGGACGGCAGGAUCCUGUGCAUGAAGUGCCACACCCAGCGGGCCAAGGCUAUGCAGUGAUUGGUGGACACAUCUGUUAUUCAAGUCUAACUUUGAACCAAAUCCAAGAUGGGAUCCAUUCAGCUUCCACCAUUCUGUCUUUGCAACAGGGCUUUACUUGUGCGCUGUGAGUGAGUGAGUGAGUGAGUGAGUGAGUGAGUGAGUGAGUGAGUGAGUGAGUGAGUGAGUGAGUGAGUGAGUGAGUGAGUGAGUGAGUGAGUGAGUGAGUGAGUGAGUAUGUUUGCAUGCAGAUGUCGUUAUGUCUCUCUCCUCUUUCUGCUUAUUUCCCCUCUCAGUCCAGAGGUAAUGUACUGCACUGAGAGACUCCAUUCCUCCUCCCCUUCUCCCCUUGUGUUAAUGCCAGUGUUAUCAAGGCCAUUUUUUGUUUAUGCUUAAAUUCCCAGCAUGACUUGCACAAGUAUAGCUUAGUCAUGGGCUGUCCCAACAGUCAAAGAUGGUUUCCUCUCCUCUUCUCUCUCCACUGAUAGGAAAACAUGUUGAGAAGGUUUCAGCCUUAACUUUGAUUUGUCUUUCACUUUUCAGUGGUACGGAAGGAAAAGAGUGGAAGUAUUUCAGAGUGAGACAUAGUAACAGUAAGAUCAAGUUGACCCUAAAUGCUGAUCUUGGGUCAGUCUUGCAAUCCCCCCUUACUGAUUAUGGUUAGAUCUUAGAUCUGUGCCUACUGGCAACUUUUCCCAGAAGUUUAGUGUAACCCCCUGACCCCAGUGCAUGAGGAGUUGAACAAAAGUUUAAGGUGGACUAAUUCAUGUUCCCCUGCACCUCCCAUAGGGCUGAGCUCUGCUGGGCUGGUGGCACCGGAAGCACUUUGGAGUGCCUGCAAACAUACAAGUUACUUAACUGCCUUUAGAGAGUGCUUUCUAGAGAACUACAUAUCCCACCAGACACAAUGUAGCAGAGCAGUGUGCUGUAGGAAAUGUAGUUCCUCUUGGGCUAAAAACUGAGUGCAAAAAAAAACAACAUAAAUAUGUGAAUGUCGCUCUCGUUUGUUUUUGUUGUGUGCGUUUGUUGCUUUAUAGGCAUGCAUAGCUACAGAUCACUGUCAGUUACUCUCACCAGUUUGUCAAGCACAGAAUGAGGGUACAAUACGAUCAAAAUGACCAUUUAUUUCUUUGGCAAAAGAAUAGAAGAUUUAAGAUCAUGAUUAGAGACACUACCUAGAACAAAGGUCAAAAGUUAGCCAAGCACAGAUUCCAUUCCUAUGAUCUCCUCAUGUUAAAUAGAGUGCUGUAGUUUAAAGAGGACCACAUGGCUUAGAACAGAACCUACGCUACAGGCAGAAGUUGCUCUUAACCUCUAGGAUCAGAUUACCCUACCUCAUCCCUAAUCUUAAUUUAAAGGGGAUGGAGGGAAAACAUCGGAUCCUGCAUCAGUAGUUAGGGGCAACUUCCAGGACCUACAGUACAGUAUAAUCCUAUCAUCCUCAAUGAAGCGCUCUUGAACGCAUACUUAUGUAGUGUGCAGGUGAGUUAAGAUAUCUAAUGAGUAACAUAGAGAUAUUACCUCUCAUUAAUUCAAUUCACCUAAAGGUUAACUCAUGGAUUUUUGCACUAUACAUCUGCAUUUACAAAUGCUUCGUAUUUUGGGCAUUUGCAGCUCUCUGAAUAACAUAAUAGAACUGGCUCUGAAUCAGGGUUUUAAGUAUUAUAAACAUGCGACAGAUCAAAUGGCCAGUCUGUUUUCCAGUAGAGUGUAGUAAGUCAUUGACUGUAGCAGUAGCAUGUAGAUCAAACCAAUACAGUUCAAGGUGAUGGUAACACGUCACUCAAACGCAUCACACUUUAAAUUCACUGCCAAGUUUUAAUCAUGUUUUUUGUGCUUUACACAGUAUAUUGUUCCUCUUCCUUUCUCAUAAUACUCCAAUAAAUACCACUGUUUUCAUUAUUCAGCUUGGUGUUCUUUUAUGUCUCGAUAUCAGUUAUAUUUACUCUGCUUGUAAUCUGACCAUACUGUAUUUCAUUGAUAAGUACUUAUUUUCAGUGAUUUUUUUCAGUGAAACUUUGUGAGUUGCCAUUUCCACCCUAGUAUUCCUAUCUCUCCUGUUCAGACUGGUUUGGCACCAAACACCCAUCCUUUACAAUCCUCAGUCUGGCAUAGCAACACAACCCUAAUGACCAAACUAACAUCCUAAACCAUAUGGCCAAACAGACUCCAUGUGCAUGUUAUCUGGGUCGUCGGUAUCAUCUUUAGUAUUCUCAGUUGUUUUCCUUUUUUAUUUGCACAAAUGAUUCCACCCUUGUGACCAUGCCUUUGUCUUCACUGUCAGACCAUUGGUGUGUGAUGAUGCCUUUGUCUUCACUGUCAGACCAUUGGUGUGUGAUGAUGCCUUUGUCUUCUGUCAGACCAUUGGUGUGUGAUGAUGCCUUUGUCUUCUGUCAGACCAUUGGUGUGUGAUGAUGCCUUUGUCUUCACUGUCAGACCAUUGGUGUGUGAUGAUGCCUUUGUCUUCUGUCAGACCAUUGGUGUGUGACCAUGCCUUUGUCUUCACUGUCAGACCAUUGGUGUGUGAUGAUGCCUUUGUCUUCACUGUCAGACCAUUGGUGUGUGAUGAUGCCUUUGUCUUCACUGUCAGACCAUUGGUGUGUGAUGAUGCCUUUGUCUUCACUGUCAGACCAUUGGUGUGUGAUGAUGCCUUUGUCUUCACUGUCAGACCAUUGGUGUGUGAUGAUGCCUUUGUCUUCUGUCAGACCAUUGGUGUGUGAUGAUGCCUUUGUCUUCACUGUCAGACCAUUGGUGUGUGAUGAUGCCUUUGUCUUCUGUCAGACCAUUGGUGUGUGAUGAUGCCUUUGUCUUCUGUCAGACCAUUGGUGUGUGAUGAUGCCUUUGUCUUCACUGUCAGACCAUUGGUGUGUGAUGAUGCCUUUGUCUUCACUGUCAGACCAUUGGUGUGUGAUGAUGCCUUUGUCUUCUGUCAGACCAUUGGUGUGUGAUGAUGCCUUUGUCUUCACUGUCAGACCAUUGGUGUGUGAUGAUGCCUUUGUCUUCUGUCAGACCAUUGGUGUGUGAUGAUGCUUUUGUCUUCACUGUCAGACCAUUGGUGUGUGAUGAUGCCUUUGUCUUCUGUCAGACCAUUGGUGUGUGAUGAUGCCUUUGUCUUCUGUCAGACCAUUGGUGUGUGAUGAUGCCUUUGUCUUCUGUCAGACCAUUGGUGUGUGAUGAUGCCUUUGUCUUCACUGUCAGACCAUUGGUGUGUGAUGAUGCCUUUGUCUUCUGUCAGACCAUUGGUGUGUGAUGAUGCCUUUGUCUUCUGUCAGACCAUUGGUGUGUGAUGAUGCCUUUGUCUUCACUGUCAGACCAUUGGUGUGUGAUGAUGCCUUUGUCUUCACUGUCAGACCAUUGGUGUGUGAUGAUGCCUUUGUCUUCACUGUCAGACCAUUGGUGUGUGGUGAUGCCUUUGUCUUCUGUCAGACCAUUGGUGUGUGAUGAUGCCUUUGUCUUCACUGUCAGACCAUUGGUGUGUGAUGAUGCCUUUGUCUUCACUGUCAGACCAUUGGUGUGUGAUGAUGCCUUCAAAAACACCACGUUGCUCAUUUAAUGAUGGUUGCCUUGUUCUUUUCAUAUAGUUUUUAUAAAUUCCUUUUAUAUUUGUGUGUAUGUUUACGGUUCCAAACAUGCCAACAUUAAUUACCUGUACAUGUCAUUCUUUUUCUUCUUUAAUUUUACUCAAAAUAAAACUGCUAAUAGCCUAAA